GACUGCAGCCGCUGUUGGCAGCCAGCCCUCAAUGCAGACCUCUCUACGGAUUGGACACGUACAUACGCGGUUAUUGCAUAAUGCCUUCCCCAUCCCCACAAGGACGACCCGAAACUGUCUUUCCGACAGAGGUUAUAGGUUUGUGUAUGCUUCUUGACUGCACAGAGCGGAAGAACCUGGUUGUCACCAGCGCCGAGUUCGUCUACAAGAAGCAAACACACAUCGUCCGCGUGAAAGAGGAGGUGAUAUGUUGCGCUAGCACCAACAAGUCACCUCAAAUGUUUGAGGUCUCGGGCAUCGGGCGAUGUGUGCUCUUGAGCAAUAUCCGCGUGCCUGUGCGGUCGAGCUCCCGGGUGUUGGUGAGAAUGUGCAAGACCAACGCCACGUGCAGUAUACUAGUCCAUGAUUGUCAUAGGUUCGUCAAUUCUCGCUGAAGACGUUUGAUCUGUUCCACUAUCAUUCGUCGCGCAUU